CUCCUGCAAUUUAUCCGCGAAAAUCCACUAGGCCUCUUAAUCACCUGGGAUAAAUCUUCCCAAGACUUCCUACAAUGUACCCACGUUUCCUGCAACAAGUACAACGUCUUCCUCUUCGAGGAUGAUGUCCUAGUAGUCUCCAACGGCAAAUACGACUACUAUGUCACACCUAAAUACUACACCGAGACCAAGCAGGAUACGAGGAAGGUUGUUCCUACAUGGAAUUACUCCGUCGUUCAGGUCUAUGGCAAAUUGCCCUUAUACUAUGACUCGAAGACGCCAAAGGCUGGUUCUUUUCCUCACAAGUAG